AUGCAAUCAAAUGUGGUUGUAAAAGAGUCUACCAAAUGGUUCAUCGUCUGGAGUACAGAUACUGGCAAGAAAUACUCCAGAAUGGCUGGUUGGAAAAAAUAUGCGCGAAUAAUUUUGCCUCACAUCGGUCUCAUUAUUUUGUCAUUGUUGUAUGCCAUUGGUGGUGCACUUGCAUUCUAUCAUUUGGAACGACCUAAUGAAAUUGCUGUGAGACAUGAAAGCUUGAAAGAUAUUUCUGCUCAAAGAAAAUUGAUGCUUGACGAAUUAUGGAUUAUGCUGAAUGAUGAAUCAAUCUCAGAUGAGGAAAUUGAGCGUAUAGCUAUCCAUCACGUGGACAAUGUGACACGAGUUUUGUUUGAAGCUUUUGACACACAUUACAUCACUGCCUCGCAUCUACGAAGUAGCACUGCGACAACUUUAACUGAUGAUUUUGUGGAAGAAGAGGAAUAUAACUGGACCUUCACAACAGCUCUCUUCUUCACAGCUACUCUUUUGACAACAAUUGGAUACGGCAAUUUGGUACCGGUAACAUUCCAAGGACGGAUGUUUUGCAUUGUUUAUGCUCUAUUCGGUGUACCGCUUAUACUCAUCACUGUUGCUGAUAUUGGCAAAUUCCUCAGUGAAAAUAUUAUAUGGCUGUAUGCAAAAUAUGCAGAAGCGAAAAAAAGAUGCAAAGAGAAGAAAAUUGUAUGUAUCACAUCAGUGGUCGGUGAAAUAAGUGGUACUGUGAAGGAUCAGCUACUACAGUUCGGACUGGAACAAUAUGUCUCGAUACCGAUCCUGCUAAUUGUUGGAACGCUACUUGGUUACAUAACAAUUGGUGCUGUCUUGCUUGCUUUGUGGGAACAUUGGGAUUUCUUUUCUGGUUUCUACUUUUCAUUUAUUACUAUGACUACGGUUGGGUUUGGCGAUAUCGUACCAGUUAAGCAAGAAUACUUUUUAUUCGAUCUUUUCUACAUUGUUGUUGGACUAGCCAUAACGACGAUGUGCGUUGAUCUGGUUGGAAUUCAAUAUAUUCGCAAGAUUCAUUAUUUUGGACGAGCCAUUAAAGAUGCUCGUUAUGCUCUAGUGAAUGUUGGUGGAAGAAUGGUACAUGUUCCGGAUUUAAUGCGAUAUGCAUCUGUUUUACAUCAGAAAUAUGGUCAGAAAAGACAGGGACACCAGAUACGGCUAAAAGGGGCUUAUACUCCAGAAGAUUUACCUCUCAUUCGAUACAUCGACUAUGGUUCAUUAGCUAGUGAAGACAGUCGAAUGCACUUUUUCACUAACAUAUUUAAUAAACCUAAUGAACUUAGUACGGUUUGA